AGCCCUGUCAAAUCACAACGGGGGUGACGCACAGGCAGAGGACUUACAUAAAACUCCUCCGAGGACUUCUCGGGCUCUUUUUAACGUCGAAAAGUCAUGAUAAUCCGGUGUGGAACUACUUGAACGUCGGGAUUAUGAACAGAUGUGGUAGUUUGUUAACGUCUGGCGGCCGUUUGGAGUAGCUAAAGACGUUAAAUAGCCGUUUUUCUCUCCAGCUCAGUUGCGAGCGAGACGGGGAACGUGAAAGCAGCCGAGGACGGACGUUCAGGGGGAUUUUCUUCUUACCGAGCUGCUUUUCGUUACAUUAUUUUGUCGUUAAUCGAGUGAUGUGAGUCUUGUGGAGCCGUUUGGAUCCGUUAACGUUGUUACAGAAACUAAUCGGGAUAAAGCCGCUUUCUUUGCCAAGUUUUGUUUGUAUUCACCAUGCUGGGGAACUCGGCUCUCUAUGCGGUGAAGAAACGGAAGAAGCCGGUUCAGAAAAUCCCCAAACCACCUCCUCCUGAUGGCGUCAAGUCCAACCCAUCCAAACGCCACCGCGACCGGCUCAACGGCGAGCUGGACAAGCUCACCAGCCUGCUGCCCUUCACGGAGGACGUCAGGGCUCGGCUGGACAAGCUGUCGGUGCUCCGCCUCAGCGUCGGGUACCUGAAAGUGAAGAGCUACUUCCACGCCACCAUGAAGAAAGGCCUGAACGGCUCCAGCUGGAGCAGCGAGCGGAGCCUGAUGUUUGGGGGAAACAUCCAGAACACGCUGACUCCGUCCUCCACAACCCCCACCUCCUCAGCCGCCGCCGCCGCCACCUCCCAGGUGACCUCCAUCGACGGAGUCAGCUUCUCUGAGGGAGACCUGCUGCUUCAGGCGCUGAACGGCUUUGUGUUGGUGGUGACGGCUGAAGGCUACAUCUUCUACACGUCCCCCACCAUCCAGGACUUCCUUGGCUUCCACCAGUCGGACGUUGUCCAUCAGAGUGUGUUUGAGUUGAUCCACACAGACGACCGAGCUCUGUUCAGACGGCAGCUUCACUUCGCUCUCAACCCAAAUACCAUCCACCAAGAUGGCAGCGCAGAGAGUCCCAGUGAGCAGAGCUCUGCAGAGAUCAGCAGCAACGUGGUGACCUACGACCCCCAGGCCAUCCCUCCAGAGAACUCCUCCUUCCUGGAGAGAAACUUCUGCUGCCGUUUCCGCUGCCUGCUCGACAACUCCUCUGGCUUCCUGGCUCUGAACUUCCACGGCCGCCUGAAGUUCGUCCACGGCCAGAACCGGCUGUCUGAAGACGGGACGUUGGUUCCGCCGCAGCCCGCUCUGUUCUCCAUCGCCACGCCGAUGCAGCCGCCAUCCAUCCUGGAGAUCCGCACCAAGACGCUCAUCUUCCAGACCAAACACAAACUGGACUUCACUCCCAUGGGCAUCGACACCAGGGGGAAGGUGGUUCUGGGUUACAACGAAAUCGAGCUCUGCAUGAAAGGUUCGGGCUACAACUUCAUCCACGCUGCAGACAUGAUGUACUGCGCCGACAACCACAUCAGAAUGAUAAAAACAGGAGAAAGUGGUUUCACCGUCUUCAGGCUGCUGACCAAAACCGGGACGUGGGUCUGGGUCCAGGCCAACGCCCGGCUGGUCUUUAAAGGAGGGAGACCGGACUUCAUCAUUGCGCGGCAGAGAGCUCUGACAAAUGAAGAAGGGGAAGAACAACUGCGCCUCCGUCGGCUGCAGUUGCCUUUCAACUUUGCCACCGGAGAGGCGUUGCUGUACGAUGUAGCUCCGACCAUCGACGUUCCCGACCCGUGCUCCGCCCCCAAGCAGAGAAAGAUGGACAGCUGCUCCGUCAGCCCCAACUCCAUACUGGGCAUCAUGAUGAACCAGGACCAGUCUGUCUACUGCGAACACAACAACAACCUCAGCACCCUCAACGACGUCGCCUUCAAGGACAGCCACGCUACAGUCAGCGUUCCUGGAGAUGUCUGGCUGGACCCCACACCCAAACCCGUUGUGGGAGGCCUGGUAAAGUCCGAGGCCACAGUUCAGGACAUGAUGGACACCCUGCAGCAGAUCCUCGGGGACGACAACCUCGCCGACGCCCUGGACGUGGAGCCCGACGAGCUCAAGAGCUGGGAGAGUACCCUGCUGAAGAUGAGCACCAACAGCUGCGAGAUGAGCGAAGACCUGAACGACAUUCUCAACAAUGACAUCCUGUCUUACGUAGAGGAUCAGCUCCGGAGGGAGGGCGGGCUCAAGUUGCCGGAUCAGCUGGAUGACAUACCACCCUGUCUCUCUACGUUGGACCUCCACAACCCGAAUCCUGACCAGUGUGAGGAGCAGAACUUCGGCUGGCCUCUGGAGCCCCAUAACCAGUUGAUACCAAACAUAGGGCAGAUGAUAGCCGGACACCCGGCUCCGGGCCCGGGGAUCAUGAAACUAACCCACAUGGAUCUUCCCCAGUUAAGUCCUUCUGGUUUAAACGGUCCAGCCCUUCACCAGACGUCCGUUGGUCUUCAACUGAGCACCACAGGCAACAUUGGUGCUCCAGCUACCUUCAACCCCGCCUUGGUGGACUCCUGCGCUCAAACACAGAACCAGCUGAGAACCUUACAAGUCUCUGCCAAGGACAACAAUCUCGGAGCAUUCUCCUGCAGGCAAACUUCAACCAAUCAGAUUCACUCUAACCAAAUGGCUCAACCGAUGCAGAACCACCUGCAGAUGAACACGCCCAACCUACCGGUCUGCCUCCAGGACCAAACAGCAAAUCCCGUAUUCAACCAUCAGGGCAACCAGUGGAACGCCUCGGGCCCCAACUCAAGCCAAGUUAAGAACUUUAUGGAAACAUACACCCAAAAUAUUUCAAACGAGCCGGGGUUCACCGCAGAUCCUUCCUCGUCCAGCUGCCUGCAGGGCCACUUCACACUUCAAACACAAAACAGCGAGAAUCAGAGGCAGUCCUGGCCGCUGGAGCAGCAGCAACAGCCGAUGGGCGCCUGCCUCACACAAAUGCCAGGGUUUCAAAGGAAUCCUGUUCCGGCCCAGAACAUCAGGCCAGUGGUCAGGACUCCAGAGACUUUAAAUGUACAAUUCCCUGUUCAGCAGAACAUGGAGCUGCCUCCGACCAGUUGCAUGUUCAGAAAUACCCCCCCUUCGGUCGCUGUAAAUGGAGUGCACCCCGCCUGCCAGAGACCGAACCCCGUCAGCAACCAGAUUCCCACGAAGACGUCCUGUUUCUAUCAGGGUCUUCCCAGAGCUGGAUCUGUGCCGGGAAUGACGGCGAUCCCGAAUCCCGGUGAAGCAGCGCUGUCCUGCCAAAUGGCCGCUGGUCUCGACCCAGACGGUUUGAUGGUGCAACAGCAGCAGUACCUAAACUUCGGUGAACAGGCGCAGAUCAACAGCCGUCCAGUCCUCGGGAACGGAGGUUUCCACUUCUCCUCGCUGACCAAUGGGAACGCUUACUACUCAGAGAACAAAUAGAAAUCUGCUGCUUUGACUUCUGGACGGCAGAGGAUCCCAACUCAGACAGACAGGAGGAGACUGAAACAGAAAUGUGCUCGAGAAGAACGAGGAGACAAAACUAAUUUUCUAAUUCGGAUGAAAGCUUUGAGUGUUUUGUACUGGAUGGCUUGCUCUUUGUUCGAGGAAGAGAAGGAGUUUGGUUUGAAUCCCUCUUUGGAGCUGGUUGGAUUUUACCAAAACAACAAAAGGAUAACAGAUGACCAAAAUCAAGUUUGAGAAAACACAAACAAGCCAACGUACUGCCCUCCUCUAUAGCAUCACACAUUAGCGUGAGCAGAAGGUCUCCAGAAUGUCCGAAUUAUUUGUCAUCUGUUUAUAGGUGGGAAUGUUUAGAUGUAUGGGACUCAAAGCGAUCUCAUCCACUACGUGAGAGGCGGUCCCCGAUGCUCCCUGCGGUAAGGUUCAGUUUAGCGGCUGUGUGCUGCUGUUUAUCGGAGGUUUGGUAGUUAACCGACUCCCUUAGUCCUCAUCCUUUAAAUCUUUUCUCUAGUAAAAACAACUCAUUCUGUAUGAAAACACUUCCAACAAAGUAACUCAGAUAUUUUUCAACCUGGACCUUAUUAUCCUUUGGUUUUGUGUCUGUGUGAUGAAGUGGGACAUCAUUUUUGGAAAUUGGUCCAGUGUCAAGCAAGAUAAGUAAGAUACAGCAUAGUAUCGCGAUAUUUUGCAAGGCAAUAUCGUACCGUAACACGGACGUCAACUAUCGAUCGUUUAUUAUAUAAAUUGUACAUGAGAAGUUUGUUUUUCGGCUCUAAUAAAAUAGCGUUUUCAGUCCACUAGAAAAAGAAUUUUCCCUUUGUGGACACAAUUUGAAGUUGGGAAAAAGCAAUUGCAAUAAAUUGUAAUAUGUUUAAAAUGGCAAUAAUAGCGUAUUGCGACAUAAGUAUCGUGAUAAUAUUGAAACGUGGGGCCUCUGGUGAUUCCCACCCCUAUUAAAAAGUGGCUGCAACGUAAUCCUUACAGGCCCACGUCAAAGUACAGGUUCAGUCAGAGUAGGAUCCUUUUUGUCGCUAUAUUGCUCUCGUCAAAGCCACCAGACUCCAUUGAUAAAUAUUUUAGCUCACUGAACACAGGAGUGGCUGGUCUGCCGCUGCUUCGUUCGUUACUUUGUUUGUUCGUUUAUGUUUUUUAUCAGUGGAGUCUGGUUGCUUUGAUGAGAGCGGCAUAACAGCUGUUUUACUCUUUAAAAAAAGGUCCGUCUCUGGAGGGACACUUACCAAAAUGUUAUGAGACACUUGCAAUAACAAUGUCAGCCUGUCAGUGGCAAAAAACAAGCAAUUCCCCGCAAGGAUUACUUUACAGCCCUGUUUCACUGCCGCCGACUGCAGUGCGCUCGCUUAAUACUGGGCCAGCUUAAAAACAUGUGUCCCAAUUAGUCACAUAGACACAAAAACAUGAGAAAAUAGGGUCCAGGUUGGAAAAUACUGAAGUUACUUCUUCUUCUUCUUCUUCAGCCACUGCAAUUACACUUGCAGGACCGCUUUCUCGUUAGAGAAAGAGAGAGAGAGUGAAAUAGAUUUCAGGGAGAAGAGGGGUUGUGGAUUUUUAACAGCACAGAACAGAAAAGUGUUCACAGUGUUUUUUAGAUAACGUCGCAAGUGAACGAUCAUAUUUUUAACAUCCAGCUUACGCACAUUACAGUGUUAUACGUUAGCUGGCUGCUUGUUUUUUUACCAUUCUUCUUGCAACCAGGAUUUGUGUAUAGGAUAAGAUUUUAAACAGGUUGUUUUAGAAGAGAAAACACUUGAAGGGAUGAGGACGGAGUGGGUGGUUUGGUAAACGCACGCCUGGUUAACCUCCUCACCUCUAAUAAAAGCCGCUUCAGCUUUCAGCGUCCACAGCUGUGUCGUACACGGCGGACGAGACCGUCCCGGACCUGAACGAAAGGUAAAAGAAAGAACACUUGAGACAACAUCCUGUUAAUCCUCUGCCGCCUUUGACGCACAAACACGCCACCCUCCUCCCUUAAAGUCUGGGAUUUUAAAUCUUCUAUUUUAAGCGCUGAGAAGGAUAAAAUAUAUCUACUUUUGUUUUUUCUUUUUGCUGUUCUUGUCUUUUGACAAAUGCAAGUUCAUUUCAACUCUUUACUGUCCCAGAGAGGGAGAUUUGCUUUGCAGACAGGGUAUAUAUAUAUAUAUAUAAAUAUAUAUAUUAAAAAAACGCACAGCGUCACAGCAUCAUCCUAACAGAUGAUUCAAACACAAGAUCAUUCAGUGGAAACAGCUGCUUUGUUAGUGCUUUUUUUAUAUAUUUUAAAAGCAUUCAGACAGAUAUUUUUUUGUCAUUGAGCCAGUUUUUUUCUUCUUUAAGUUUUCUUUUCUUUAAUAUUUCUAUGUUGUUGUUUUCCUGUUGUAGUGGAGAGAAAAUACAGACGGUGCCUUAAACUGACAGAGCUGUUUUGAAAACUUUAAAGGGACAGUCUGUUGACAUUUUAAAAACAUUUCCACCGAGAAUAUUAGCAAAAAAAAGUUGAUGACCGAAACCAAAGUUAAACAUGCCUUAACUUCACCAAGCCAACUAUUCAGAUUAUUUGCACUAUUCCUUUAAAGUGUUGGGACUUGCCAAAGCAUAGCGAAGAGAAAAUGAAUAACAAAUCCUUCAUCUGACAGGACAGUAACAGCUUUAUUAGUGUGUUUCAUUACAAUAUUUGCACACAUUUAGAUGACUUUAGUACUUUUAACAGACCGGAUGCUCCAGAUUUUUUUAGAUAUCGGAUCAUAAACUCAUUAUUAUGGCUUAAAUUAGCAAUAUUUUUUCAUGACUGAGAGCAAAAGCAAAGCAGAUUACUCACUGCCUUAAGAUUUUCUUUUAAACCAGGACUGGAUGAAACUAUAUCUGAACAUUUAAGACCAGGAUGCUGAUCAGUUUCUCCGUAAGACACUAAUUGUUAGAGUGGGACCCCUUUAUUCAUAUGUUCCACAACAAAAUGUCCGUCCUCUUCCUCUUUCCUGUUUCUGUCUUUGUGGUUAAUUUAUCGACGUUCUCGCUCGGACUGGGAUCGUCCGGCAGCGAAACACAGAAGUAAAACGGUUAAAGGCAGCUAUUGUAUAUUUUAAAUGAGGGAGGAAAAAAAAUUCAAGUGCCUUUUAAUUGACCUCUUUGAGAUUGUCUGUUAAAAACAACAACAUUCAGCACUUAGAUUGAAAAUAAACACCUCAAAUUAUAAGAAAUGUGCGUCGCUUCAUCCAGUACUGAGCCAGGAAAUCUGUCCGAGGAAGUCUUACGUCACUCGUUAUCAGCACUUAUGUACUUUUUAAUAAAAAUUCUCCUAGAGUAAGUAGUUUUCAGCUUAUUUUAGAAGCUGCAAAAGACACGACUAGUGACAACAAACUUGAAUAUUUGGAUUAAAUACCAAAAAAAAAGAAAAAAAAAAAAAAGAAGAAACCAACUGUGACGCUUUGUUCUUGAGGAUACCAAAGGGACAAGACAGAAUACAGAUUUACUGCUGGAAAAAGGGUUUCCCGUCACAAAUGGAGACACAGAAAAUUAUUUCUGCACCUAAAACAGCAGGAAACUGACCAGAAUGAUUGUAGUUGUGGUUUCAGGAAGUGUGAAAAUAUUUUGUUAUUCACAAACUAGAAUUAUGCUGCGUUCAUGUCAUAUGGGAGUUGCCGUAACUGACAGUUUCCAACUUGUAAAUAGCGCUCCAACAUCGCACUUAGUCGCACAAAGUACGACCGGGAAACAUUGAUUCUUUUACUGAUAACUUUUAAAUGUCCAGCUUGGCGUUUCAAAGACAAACAAACACGGCCGCCUUUCAUCAGUCAAUUAACUCUCACCUGACACAUUUUACAUUCAUACAACCCUUUUUUAAUCAGCAUCUAUUUGGAUAAUUAAUCAUUUUAAUUCAUUUUUAAGCCAAAAUAGUGACACAAUGCCAAAACUUUGAUGUUUUUCUUUGUCAGGUCGUUGUUAAUUGAAUAUUUGAUAAUAUUUAAAGACAUUUUAAUGGGUCAUAGGCAUUUUUUCACUAUUAAUUGAAAAGAACAGUAGCAGUACCAUGUUUACCAUCCAUCUCAUGUACUGUGAAUGCAACAUUAUGUGUGUGUACAUAUAUACCGUACACAAAUAUAUACUGUAUAUACACACUGUAUUUGUGCACUGUGUGUGUGUGUGUGUGUGUAUAUAUAUAUAUAUAUACCGUGUAUAUAUACUGUGUAUAUAUACCAAUAUACAGUAUAUAAUGUCUUAAUUAUGACUUGGAGGUUGACAUGAACACUACAACUCAGAAACAAGUCAGAGUACAGUACACUGUUAUAGCAGUUAGUACUGUAUACAUACUUAUACCAACAGGAAGUGACAUCAGACGUCCAUCAAACUGCAAGAUAAACUUCACAAAUACACUUAUUAUUAAUAUUUUUGGUUGUUGUUGUCCGUAGCUUUUUCACCACCAGCCACAAUUUAUUUUGAAACCCCUUCCGUUUCCUACGUGCAUUGCAUUGUGGGAAAAUUGUGCAUUCUUUUUAGUUUGAGUGUACUUAAUUUUGUCAUGUUUGUUUGUAUGUAGUAAUAGAUUUUGGACAAGCCAUAUGACGUGAACGCUGCAUUAGCAACAAGCACUUGCCCCCUUCUCUUAGAGUUGUUGAAAUGCAUUCUGGGUAAUGUAGUAAACCACUAACUGCAGUAGAAUUAAAGGAGGCAGCUUGAGUUACGAUUGCUUUGGCUCCAUUUUCACAACAGUUUCAACCUACAAAACUCUCAAAGAAAUGUUGCAUGUUAAACGAAGCAAGUAGUAGAAAUAUUUAGGCAAGAAUUAUCUUUAAAAGCUUAUAGUUUAUUUACCAAAUGUACUAUAUUACUGUACCUUCAAUAUUAAAGUAAAUUUACAUUCAUUCAAGACCAGAUGAGAUUUGUUAUGGGAGUUUUUCUGUUCUGUAUUGACCAAACAUUAUAUUUUUAUAAUAGUUAACAAAGGGAAAGGAGUGUUUAUUGUAGUGAAGUAAGCAUGUGACUGUGAAAAUUGAGCCAAAGUAUAUAUAAAAAAAUAAUGAAUUAUAAUAAAGCAUCCCCAAAUUGUGAACUGUAAGUUUCAACACAUCUGCAAAAAGCUUGUAGGACGUUUUUGAUCAUUUGUUGGCGACCUAAUAAAAUGUGUCCUCACAGAAGAUUCACCAAAAAAUCGUAAAUUAAACCAAAAAUCACCCCAGACGCAUCAACACAGGCUGAAUUUAUAAGACUCAGUACAACAAUGAAGCGCUUUUAUUGCAGGUAUGUGAUUUAUUUGAGACGCACCUUCUCUCCAAAAUCUGAAGCGCUUUCAUAGAAAUAUAAUAUAGGAAUAUAAAUAUAUCUCGUUGUUUGCUUCUAGAUUAAAAACAAAAAAAGCAUCUGUACUUAUUAUACUUUUAUUUUUAAAAACCCCAGGAAGCCAAGGUUUCCAAAUUGCAGUAUCUUUGUGUACCUGUAUAUAAAUAUAUAUUUGUCUUUUUUUUUUUCAAAAUAUGUAUUGUCAUAUAUUGUGUAUUUUAAUUGCCUUAACCUGACUCACGCCUAUAAUUUUUUGUACAUUUUCUGCACAGCAUAAACAUAUGUAACCUACUGUUAUGUUUUUUGUAACUUUUCAACUUAUUAUAUUUGUGGAUUUGCCUUCAAUAUUUUGCCUUAAUCAGCGCAAGAGUGUUUGAGUCAAUCUUUUCAUGCAGACCAUAUUAAAGGUGAUCUGAUCACACAGAUA